AUGUCUGCUGAAGCUUCUGUCUCUUACGCCGCUUUGAUCCUUGCCGACGCUGGGGUUGAAAUCUCCUCCGACAACUUGUUGUCUGUCACCAAGGCCGCUGGUGCCUCCGUUGACAACGUCUGGGCUGAUGUUUUUGCCAAAGCUUUGGAGGGUAAGGACUUGAAGGAGUUGUUGUUCUCUUUCGCCGCUUCUGCUCCUGCUGCCUCUUCUGGCUCUGCUGCCGCUGCUGCUGGUGGUGCCACCGAGGCUGCCGCUGAGGAGAAGGUUGAGGAGGCUGCUGAGGAGUCUGACGACGACAUGGGUUUCGGCUUGUUCGACUAAACAUCGUGUAUAUUAGUUCACAAUACAGCAUACUCAUCGAUAUC